AUGGAAGUUUAUAUUGACAACAUGCUCGUCAAAAGCAUUAAAGCGACCGACCAUGCAACCGAUCUGGAGAAAAUUUUUCUCAUCUUACGAAGGUAUAAGAUAAAGCUUAAUCCGAGCAAAUGCGCAUUCGGCGUAUGCUCAGGCAAAUUCCUUGGAUUCUUAAUCAGUCAAAGGGGAAUCGAAGCUAAUUCAGAAAAGAUUAAACCUCUGCUCAACAUGGAGUCCCCUAAGACGAUCAAGGACGUUCAGCGACUGACUGAAAGAAUCAAGGAAUAUUUGAGAUCGCCACCAUUGCUUUCUAAGCCCGAGCCAGGCGAGCCGUUACUGAUUUAUCUAGCAGUAUUUGAUGCAGCUAUAAGCUUGGCCCUGAUCCGCAAGCAUGAAGGCAAACAACUCCCCGUCUACUACAUCAGCAAGGCCCUCGUCUCGACAGAAAUGAGAUAUCGGACCCUGAAAAAAGUGGCCUUGACCCUGAGACCAGAGUCUUCCGGGAGACUAACAAAAUGGGCAGUUGAACUUAGUGAAUUUGACAUUCAUUACAAACCCCAGACCGUAAUUAAAGGACAAGCCUUGGCAGACUUUAUCGUCGAAGUCACAGUGCAACCGACAAUUCCUAUCGCUGACUUAGCAGAGUCGUCUGAUCGCUUCCCUCCCAACCCUCCCUUUUGGUCUAUCUACAUUGACGGCUCAUCCAACUCUAAGGCAAGCGGGGCAAGGGUAGUCCUAGAAACUCUUGAUCACACAGUCAUUCAGUAUGCCUUAAGACUUGGAUUUCAGGCUUCUAAUAAUAUAGCCGAAUAUAAGGCUCUCCUUCUCGGACUCCAGCUAGCAGCCAGUCUAGGGGUCACUCAUCUGAACAUGUAUAGCGACUCCCAACUAGUCGUCAAUCAAAUAGCUGGUAUAUAUCAAGUCAGGAAGGAAAGACUAAAAGCUUAUCUUGCAAAGGCCAGAAAGAUGAUCACUGGGUUCCAUCAAUGCUCUGCUACCUGGAUCCCAAGGGCUGAGAAUGUUAAAGCCGACCUACCAACAAAGCUUGCCUUAGCUGACGAAGAUGACAUUCCUAGAUCCAUUCCUAUCGAAUUCGUGGCCGAGCCAAGCAUUGGGGGAACCGAGUCUUCCACCUUACUCCCUAUUGAUUCUGAACCGUCUUAG